AUGGCAGAACAAAACAAGACCGUUGCAAAAUAUCUCUCAUUAUCACAAGAUGCAAGUUCCAUCAACAUGGAUAAUCUAAGAAACAUUCAGAGUAUUUAUAAGAAUUUGACAAAAGUCGAUGAUUUGGACGAUCAUGAAAUUAACGAGAAAGCUUUAGAUGAUGUUUGUCAACAAUCGAAUCUGAUACAAGAAGGAAGCGAUAGAGAAUAUCUAAGAUUGUGUGUCAGAUACGACGAUAUUCAUAGAUCGAAAAUGCAAUUGAAAGCUCUAUAUCAAGCAAACUCGAUUUUGGUAAAUAACAAAAUGAAUACAAUACCAGCAACAAGUAAACAACAAACGUCACCAGUAGUCUUAGACGAAUGCCUAUGCGUACUAAGUAUGAAGAUGAAUACAAAAGAAAUUCAAGACUUCAUCAGCAAAUUCUUACUACAACAAAUUCAAAAACAGCCAUCAAUAACUAAGAAUCGCUCAGUAACAGAUCAUUGUCGGCAAUCACCACAAAACUCAGCUUCUACGACGACUGUAACGCAAGAUCGAACAAAAUUACCAUUUGGAUGUGUACUCGAUUCAUUUAUUCGUCAUCAGUUAGAAAAUCGAGGCAUCAUUUCAUUUGCUCAUCCACAAACACGAUUUCGUCUUGUCGAACCAAUCAGUCUUACAGAUGAUUUUAGUACGUGGCAUUUUGAUCAUUUUCAUGAUCUAUUUGAUAUUUGGUUAAAACCAUGUUCUGAUCAAGUUUUCCCAAAGCAAUGGCGUUUUGCUACCAAUGGUCAGAUCUACUGGCAAGUAAAUGAUGCGUAUAAUAAAAUCAAUGACAGUGGAGAAGCAAUGACAAUUGAACGACCAAAUACCAAUUCGUUGGAAAGUUUUAUAGGUGAUAUAUGUUUGAAAGAAAAUAAUGGCAUGAAUGAUAUAUGGUUGAAACAACUGCGAGAACUCGAAGAUAUUACAACAUAUUCCCAUUUAGCUAAUUUAAAGGAGACCGAUUGGGAUAGAAUAGUUAAAUUGUCCAUGAAUGCCAAGAAAACAAUUAAAACAUAUGUUGAUCGAGAAAAGCAAACAGCUGUUGAUGAAAAGCGAAAAAAAAUUGCAACAAAAUUCGAAGAUGAAAAUGAAAAACAAGAAUCUGUAGCAUCAUAUUCAACAUCGGAAUUAUUAGCGAAUUUACAUAUGAUCAAACUGUUCUUCUACCAUUCAUUAAGAGAUACUGUCGAUUUGAAACCAAGUACAACAAUAGCAAAAUUGGAUCCGCAAUGUGUCGAGUUAUCAUUUCAAGAAAUACGUGAAGAAGGAUUUUCAGAUGAUGGUCUAUUCGAUAAUAUGAAAGAAUUUUUUCUUCCAUUAACAAUAACUGAGCAUGAAUUGAAGAUGGAGCGACAUAACCAUCAAGUUCUUCGUGAACAACGAGAAAACGAAGAAAAGAAAUUGACCGAUGAGAUAAAAUCACUUAAAUAUCUAUAUGAUGAGCAGGUUGGCAUCUAUUGGACCUACGAUGAGUUGAUAACAAGGGCAGAAAAAGAAUUGCAGGAUAAAUGUCUUGCUUAUUUAAGAAAGAAGUCGGAACAAAUGAAAAAUAUCAACCGCCGUAAUGAGCAUGAACAAGCUGCAUUUGUUCAACUGUCAGAUCAAGAAUGGAAGAAAAAAGAGCAAAACUUGGAACAAAAUAUUAAUGAAUAUCAGCAAUUAAAAGAUGAUGUCAAUAAAGUUGUUAAAGGUUAUGAAAAAGAAUUAGAUGAAAAACGAAAUCAAUUGAAAAAUGUUCAAUUCGAGCUGAAUAAAAAACAAAAAGCUGUUCAUAAAAAAUUGGUUAAACCACAUCGUGGCUUUAUCAUGUUUGGUCCACCAGGUACGGGUAAAUCAGAAAUAAUGAGUAAAUUAGCAACUAAAAUCGGUAUACAAAUGGUAGGCCCACCACUAGCCGCUGGUGAAUUGAAUCGUCCACUUGUUGGCGAAUCUGAACGCAUCAUUAUUGCUUUAUGUACACGUUGCAAUCGUAUACCAUAUACACAAUGUUGUGUCUCAAUCGAUGAAAUCGAUUCUCUAGCACCGAAACGUGAUGAAGAUUCAUCUGAAGGCAAAGUUGAUAAGAUUAGUGUUCUACUUAGUCUUAUCGAGGGUAUUAAAGAUAUUCCGAAUCUAAUGAUAUUCUGUGCGACGAAUCGUUUACAUAUGAUGGAUGAAGCUUUUCUACGACGUAUGUCUGGGAAAUUUUUUGUCGGUCGACCAUCAUCAGAAGCACGACAAAAUAUUCUUUCACAAAUACCAGAUUGGGUUUUGGAAACAGACAUGUUGGAACGAUUAACUAUUGCUACGACAAAUUUCAGUGGAGCAGCGGUUGGGUAUGUUUAUCAUUUAAAAGAUACACGAGAAGCUAUGGCUUAG